GCCAGCUAUGGGUCUGGCCCCACUGACCUCAAUGGAGCAAUGGUAAGGGAUGCUAGCUAGCCUAGAAAAAUUCUUCUCGUGAGGUCAGCUGACUGAAUUCACACAGCUCUGUCUCCGAGAGCUCGCUUUAGAUGCAGAACAGCUUGGAUAUGUACCAGCCGCUUCCUUCAAAAAUUAAAUCCUAGUUGGUUGUUAAGGGGUUUUUACAGGGGCUCUUGGGUUUUCUUGUUUAUUUCUAGAGUAACAAAGCUAGGAAGGAAAUGAAAACAAGCUUAACUGGCUUUAUUGACUAAAGCAAGGUGUUUGUUAAACAAAAAUCUUGGGCAAUUCAAAGAACCCGGUUAAGAAAAGAGGUGGAGUUGCAAAAUCUUUGCAGACAGGGCUUAGGCGUCGGAGGCAACCUCACCGGGUCUGGAAAUUCUUUCUGGGGUCUGGGAUCAAACUGGAACUGCAGCUUUUAGAAGCCCUGGGAGCUUUUGUUGUCUUUGAAACUUGAAUCCUGGCCAAAGAAAGGAGGUUUGGCAGCGAGAACACAGCACCAACCUUAUCGCGGGCUCUCUUGGGGAAAGAAAAACACUGGGGAUUGUUUUUUUAAAGGACUGACUAGAGCACAGCGUGUGUGAGGGGAGCGUAGGAUUUGCUAGUGCCGGGACAGGCGGGUGGAGACCCACGAGGGGCGUGUAGUGAGCAAACCCUGCCCUGCGUUGCCGUGUGCUGCAGGCCUGGGAAGACAGAGACUUAUUAAUCAGGUGAAAUGAGAGAGGAGGUGGCGUUGGCAGAAACUGUUGCAACCGGAGUGGAGGCCGCAGCUGAACAUUCCCAUCCUGUCUCCAGCGGUUCAGGACGGCUGGAUUCAGCAGGGAUCACUGACCCUGCACGUUCCUAGCGAUCCAUAACUCCAAGGUGUUUCUAAGGCUGUGUGUGGUCUCCGGGCGCCUGCCCUGCGUUGGAUCCUUCCUCCGCCAUGUACAGCCAGAAGCCCUACACCAGCCCGCCCACUGGCUACGGCCCCCCCGGCGACGGCUAUGGCUACGACAUCCACUCGCCCCCCCCAGGCUCCUUCUACGUUGAGGACGUGCCGCAGUAUUUUUACAAGUGGAACUCUCCGCCCGGCGUGGUGAGGAUCCUGGAGGCCCUGGUCGUCCUGCUCUGCGUCACCAUCUUCGCCUGCGUAGCCUCCACGCUGGCCUGGGAAUAUAGCUACGGCUAUGGGGGGAUGUAUGGGAGCGGGCUAGGGAGCUACUACGGGUCUGGCUAUUAUGGUGGAGGGAUGGGCUAUGGGGGCUACGGGGGCUAUGGCGGAUACGGUGGCUAUGGAGGCUACUAUGGCGGGAUGACCAACCCGCGGGCAGCCAGUGGCUUCAUGAUCGCCAUGUCGGUCUUGUGCUUCAUCGCGCUGCUGGGGUUCUUCGUGGCCAGCGUCACCAAGUCCAGCAGCGCCCGCUCCCGCAGGUUUUACCUGGCGGUCAUCGUGGUGUGCGCCAUCCUGGCCUUCGUCAUGCUCAUCGCCUCCAUCGUCUACAUCAUGGGCGUCAACCCCCGGGCACAAAUGACCGGCAGCUACUACUACAGCCCCAUGCUGACCAUGUGCAACCAGAUGUACUCCUCCGGCGGAGCCUACAUGAACCAGUACCUCUACCAUUACUGCACCGUGGACCCGCAGGAGGCCAUCGCCAUUGUCUGUGGGUUCUUCAUUGUCAUUCUUCUCUGCGUGAUUUGCUUCUUUGCUCACAAGACGCGCCACAAGAUCUGGAAGUUUGGGAAGCCCAAUAUCUACUGGGACAAGCCACUCGCCUUCCAGGAGGGCCCCAACGUGGAGGAGUGGGUGAAGAACGUUGCCGAGGGCGCCAGCAUUCAGGAUGAGACAGCCACGCUGGCCUACUCCGAGAAGCCAAUCAGCCCCGUCAACGCCCCAGCCAGCGCCUACGGCUACCCGCGCAAGGAGAACGGCUACUAUGCCUCCGAGGCCUACAACCCCACCAGCGUGUACCCCCCCAUCACCUCGGACGGCAUUCGCCAGGAAUACAAGCAGGAGUUCGACGCCGACCUCAAGCACUACAAGCAGCUGUGCGCCGAGAUGGACGACAUCAACGACCAGCUGAACCAGCUCAGCAAGCAACUGGACGGCUUGUCGGAGGACAGCCCGCAGUACCAGGGAGUCGCCGAGGAAUACAACCGGCUGAAAGAUUUAAAACGGACUCCUGAUUAUCAGACAAAGAAAAUGGAGACCAAAGCUCUGCGGAACAAGCUGUUCCACAUCAAACGCAUGGUGAGCGACUACGAUAAGAUGAGAGGGUAGUGCGGAAAGCGGAAUCCUUUGGAGGGGGAAGAAAUUCUGCGUGUGGUCAGCUGACUUCCCUCCGCGAAGCGCUGCAGGAAAUGCCAACCACCUGGACGAAAAACAGAUUUCGUUUUGUUUUGUACAUUCGUUUCCAAAGCAGAAUCUCUCUAUCUUUGUGCCAUUUCCAAACCGAAACCCGACAGGUCUCGGCGAGCGGGGCAAGAGGGCGAUUUUUAGAACAGAAAUGAAACUCCGAGGAAGUUUGCGCUCUGGUUUGAGGCCGGUGGGCCCGUAUUCUACAAUGACCUAAGCAGAAAUCCUGGCCCCACUGAAAUCAGUGACUUCAAUGGGGCUAGGAGAUCACCCUUGGUGCUUACGUUUAUGCUGCGAGUCAUUAAUUCAAUAGAACUGAGCAUUAAGCGUGCUCCCGCAGUUGCUGCAGCCUCAGUUUGUACGUGGGCAGAUGUAAAUUUGUAAAUACGUGGGUGUGUAUAUAAAUUAGCCUCCUGUUUUAUACGAUCAAAGGGUGAAUCUCUCUGUAGCAUGCUCCCAUGCUGGUCCCCAUCCUGCAAGCCCUUACUCGCCCACGAAGUCCCAGUGAGCUCAGUGGGACAUCCCUUGGGAGCGAGGACCCACGGUGGGUGAAAUUCACCCUGGGCAGAGGGGUUUGUACAAGGCCUGUGCACCACUGACACCCCCUGAGCACGGUGGGGGGAAUGCGGCUCCAUUGACCUCUGUGGGGAUCGUGCCAUUGACUUCAGCAGAGCCUGGAUUUCACUCCAUGAUGGGGACUUUGUGCUGCAUAAGCCUGAUGCUGGAUCCCUGCCCAGGAAAGGUUUGCAGGAUUGGGCCCAUGCGCUCUGGACUCCUGCCCCCUCUUAGAUUCCUGUCGUCAUUCCCCUCCAUCCGUCCCAAUGUGAUUCAAAGCCAGGAGGAUGGGAGCCCGGCGGCUGGAGCCCAGGCCUGUUUCGCACGCCACGCCAGCCCGCAGUAAGGAGCCCAUUGCAGCCAGCUGAGGGUGACGGCCUGUCUCCCACCACCGCAGCUGAGAUGUGUGCAGCCAAGCUGAGCGUGAACGCAGACCCAAGCUCCCGAGAUUGUCCCGGCCCCUCACCUCCCGCCCCGUGCUGCAGAAGUGUCUCUCGGGGAGCUGACAACUGAGUGCCGCGGCGGCUGCAUUUCACCGGGAUGAAUAAUACAUAGGGAACUCCUGAGUCACCCAGCGCAGCCGGCUCACACUCCUGACAACUUGACAAGCCAGGGCUUGGCCGCCCCCCAGCAAGAGCCCAUGCUAGGCAUUGUGUGAGGAGAUUUCACGCUCGCACAGGCAUCACGGUGCCAGUCUUAGAAUAGCCCCCUCAGCUGCCACGGUUUUCUAGAGCUGGACGGCACGGUGCGAACGUCUGAACACGAUUUUUUUUACCGCUGCCAGCACUUCCUAUGCCAGUGUGCUAUUCUGUAGGGAACUGGGUAUGAUGUCGGGGGUUCUUUUUUUUAAUAAACUGCAUCUAUUGAUUUCAAA